AUGUCUACAGAUAAGCAAGAUGAUGGAGCAAUGCGUUUACGAUGGCCAAUUGAAGAUAUAGUAGCAUUUGCUAAACGUUAUGCUCUUACUCAUGGUCUUCUAUGUCUUGCUCCUGACACUGUAGAUCAAGCAACUAUUGUUCCAUUUUCAUUAUUUCCAAGUCCAUAUUCUUAUUCACAUUUCAAAUUUAUUUGGUCAAUUCAAAUCGCUUAUAAUCGUCUUUAUAAUCGUGUAUCUCUCGAUGAUGAAGUUCUUGAAAAAGCACUUUCAUCAGUUAUACCAAUUGAUGAUUUUAUUGCACGAUUAUGGAAAAUUCAUCGUACAUCUAAAAGACAACAGCCUAUUCAAUUAGAUAUCUAUCGAAACGAUUACAUGCUUGAUACAAAACUCAAUAAAAUGCGUCAAAUUGAAUUCAAUACUAUAAGCUCAGCAUUUGCUGGUUUAACUGGUAUAGUUGCUGAUUUACAUAAAGCUGUAUUACAUUAUGCUUUUGAUAAUUGCAAUGUACGUGAAUUAGAAAUUGGUGAAGAAAAAGAAAAAUCUACUUCAACAAUUGAUUUAAUACUUCCUAAUAAUGCAUUAAUAAAAUCUGCUGAAGCAAUGAUUAAAGCAUUCGAAUUAUAUAAUAAUCCAAAUGCUUGUAUUCUAUUUCUUAUUGUACCAAAUGAACGUAAUAUAUGUGAUCAAAAUGCAUUAAUUGAUGCAAUACAAAAAAUUCGACCAAAUAUACGUUUUCAUUCAAAAACAUUCGAACAAUUAAUUGAUGAACUUUUCUAUGAUGAAAAAACAUUUAAUAUUCAUUUAAAACCAUCAAAUGAUGAAAUAGCAAUUGUUUAUUUUCGUGCUGGUUAUAUACCUGAUCAUUAUGUCAAUGAAAAUUGUUGGUUAAUACGUGAAAAAAUUGAACAAUCACGUGCUAUUAAAUGUCCAACAAUUCGUUCACAAUUAGCUGGUUGUAAAAUUGUUCAAGAAUAUUUAACACAUGAUCAUAUUAUUGAAAAAUAUAUAGAUGAUAAAACUUUAUCAACAAAUAUACGUUCAACAUUUGCAUCUAUGUUUACAUUUGAUGAUCAACAAACUCGUGAAAAAAAUAUUAAUAUUUUACGUGAAAAUGUACAUAGUUAUGUUCUUAAACCAAAUCGUGAAGGUGGAGGAAAUAAUAAAUAUGAUGAUGAUAUAUUAAAUACAAUUAAAAAUGAAGAAAAACAAUUAAUUAACUAUAUAGCUAUGGAAAAAAUUUUUCCACCCGUUUGUACAACAUGUCUUAUUAAACCAAAUGGUAAACAUGUAUUACAUGUUGAAUGUAUUAAUGAAAUUGGUAUAUAUGGAACAAUGGUUACAAAUGUUGAUACAAAUGAAGAACAUAUUAAUGAAGUAACUGGUUAUUUAGUUCGAACGAAAACAACAGAUACAAAUGAAGGUGGAGUUGCAACCGGUUAUUCAGUUCUUGAUUGUCUGGAUGUUAGUGAACAUAAUAAUGAAUUAGCAAAGAUAUUUUCGAAAAAAAAUUAA